GGGCCAUCUCCUCAGCAGACAGGCACGCCUUCAGCCCUCAGCUUCUGAUCACAUUUCCUUAGCAACGUGUUUCCCCCGGUGUCGCUUAGACGGCUCAGCUGUCUUAUUCCCCACGGAGAUACACAUCUCACCUCUGACUAGCAAAUUCUCCAGAAUGAUGGUACAAGUCACCGUCCCAGGGCGGAACACCUUUGCAACUUAAUGGCGAUUGCUACUCUGGUGGACUUUGGAGUAAAGCAUCACAUAAAGUCGUUCUUAAAAGUCCCAAACUGAUUUGGAUUAAAUACAGAGAAAGAGGAGACAUGAGAUCGUCAUUGUUUCACGUGAGUCUCAUUUUUGUGGCCAUUCAUAUGAUCCACUGCCAAAUCCUUUGCAACAGGCAACCUUCAACCGAAUGGCACCUUAAAAAAAACACCAUCCAAAUGAAUUGGACUCUAAUAGGGAACAUCUGCAGGAGUGUUUCUGAGUGUUGGGAUUCCCAGCGGGGAGACGAGUCAAGUGAGCAGCCUUUCAACUUCCCACAGAUAUGCCCACUUCAGCUACAACAUGGAGACAAACUGUUGAUGUCUGCUGAUGAAACACUCAAGUCAUAUGGCAUCAAACUCCUAAAUGUGUCAAAAGAGAACUUUGAAAGCUGUUCUGCAACAGGACAGAGAGAAGAUCAGUUUCUCUUCCCUCACAACAUAAAUGAAAGAGAGCAAGUCGAUGCCAGGUGGCUCAUGCCGGGUCACCGUUAUUUUAUUGCGCUGCACGAAGGAGACACGCAGCUGUGCACGCUAGGUUUGAGGCUGAACGUCACAGUUAAAACCCAACUUUGUCGGAGCUCCCCGAUGCUUCGACUUUGUUCGGGGAACGGUGUCUGUCAAACAGGAGUCGGAGAGAGUGCAUUCCACUGUCGAUGUCACCACAAGUAUUCCGGGAGGUUUUGUGAAAAGUUUGAUGCUUGUUUGGAUAACCCCUGUGAAAACAAAGGAAUCUGUUUGAGCAAUGGAUCGACAGAUCCACACUACAGAACAUAUAAGUGUCUGUGUCCUCCACAUUUUACAGGGGUUAACUGCUCUGAAAUCAUUGGGAAAGCAAACUGUGACAGCAUCUGUGAAAAUGGGACAUGCCUUCAAAUAUCACCUGCAUCCUUCAAAUGCAUCUGUGACAAUGGUUUCUCUGGCCCACCGUGUGAGAAGAGGAAAGCCUCCUGUGACCCAAAUCCAUGUAGAAAUGGUGGUACAUGUGAAGAGAGUCCCACAGGAUUUGUUUGCCAUUGUCCGGAACAAUUUGCGGGCCUCUACUGCGAAUCUCGAGUUAACUUCGAUUGCAAGUCGUACCCAUGUCAGGAGGAACAAAUGUGCACUGCAGGGGAUCGCGGCUCUGAAUGUGUCUGUGCAGAUGGUAGUGUGGCCACAGCGUGCAAGAGGCAGAACAGCCUGUGUAGUCCAUCACCAUGUUUGAACAAUUCCACCUGUGUGUCCAGGGGAAAUGAUUACAUCUGCAGAUGUCUGAGUGGGUUUUCUGGGAAGAAUUGUGAAGAAAUAAUUGACUACUGCAGUCUGCUCAAUAUCAGCUGCCUAAAUGAGGGAUUGUGCUUGAGUGUAAUUGGCGGAUAUCAGUGUGUUUGUGCCCGGGGUUGGGUUGGAGAAUAUUGUCAAUAUGUGGGUGAUGCCUGUCAGAUAAAGCCAAACAGCUGUUUGAAUGGGGCAACAUGCAUUGCAACAAAUCAGCCAACAUCUCCCCCUCAGUACUCCUGCAAAUGUCCCCUUGGCUUUACAGGAACAAACUGUGAGACUGAGAUCAAUGAGUGUGACUCCAGACCUUGUCAGCACAAUGGCAAGUGCUGUGACUUGCUAGGAGACUACAGUUGCCAAUGUCCUACAGGUUUUCAAGGAAAGAGUUGUGAAGUUGACAUAGAUGCUUGUGCCCUGUCCAACAACACAUGCCCACCAAAUACUGAGUGUUUGGAUCUCCCUUAUGGGCUUGAGUAUACCUGCUGUGUACCCUGUCCUCAGCACCUUCAGCCUUGUGCCUUUGGAGGAUGCUGUGUGUUAAAUAACAGCAAUGCUUAUCGAUGCAUCUGUACCCCUGGAUGGUCUGGGCAGGACUGCCGCGUAAAUGUCAACGACUGUAUUGAACAUGGGUGUCAAAAUGGAGGCACUUGUAUGGAUGAGAUUGAUGGUUACAGCUGCCUUUGUCCUAGAGGAUACACAGGCAUCUACUGUGAAGAGGACAUUGAUUACUGUGUUGACCACCGCUGCUCUGAACAUGGUUUUUGUCUGGACCAGCAGUAUAACUUCACCUGCCGUUGCAUGCUUGGAUUCGAAGGACCGCUUUGCGAAGUGGAAAUAAAUGAGUGCCACAGCCUCCCUUGUUUAAAUGGUGCCACCUGUGCGGACCUAAUCAGUGAUUAUCGGUGCCACUGUCCCCCAGGAUUUGAGGGAAGGAUCUGCUCUGAAAAUGUAAAUGAUUGCUGGCCACAGCCUUGUCUAAAUGGAGGCUCAUGUAUGGAUCUGAUAAAUGACUUCAUUUGUCACUGUCCAACUGGGUUCAAGGGGAAAGAUUGCUCUUUGGAUAUUGACCUUUGCUCGUUUGGAAUGUGCAGUGAACAUACAUUAAAAUGCACCAAGACCAAGGAUGGACAGAAUUUCUCUUGCACAUGUGAAAGAGGGUUUGGAGGGUCAUUUUGUGAAGUAAAUCUUAAUGAGUGCCAGUCAAACCCAUGUCAGAAUGGUGGCAUUUGCGUGGAUGGCAUUGACAUGUAUCAGUGCUUAUGCUCAGAGGGAAAAAAUUGUUCAUUGUCCGACUCGCCAUGUACACCAGACCUCUGCAAAAAUGGAGGAACCUGCUCCUACAGCUUGACUGGGGAAACGCAGUGCAUUUGUCCGGCAGGAUACCUUGGCAAAGAUUGCUCCUCAUCGGUAAACCAAUGUGUGUCAAAUCCCUGCAACCCCGAGGGAACCAUCCUCUGUGAAAAGCUGGAAAAUACUUCUAGAUGUGUGUGUCAACAUGGGUACACUGGGCGGCACUGCAAAACACCUAUAAACCACUGCAUUGAUGGCCUGUGUCAACAUGGUUCAGCGUGUGUCAAUCUAUCAGGAGGGUUCAAGUGUGAUUGUUUACCAGGUUUAACAGGGCAGUUUUGUGAGAUAAACAUUGAUGACUGUGAAAAAGAGCCAUGUGGAGUCCUGAGCAUUUGUAAAGACACUUUGAACGGCUACAAUUGCUUCUGUGCACCAGGAUUUAUUGGAAAUAAUUGUGAGAUUGAAGUGAAUGAAUGUCUCAGCCAGCCUUGUCGCAAUGGAGGCUCCUGCGUAGAUGAGCUCAACUCAUUCAGCUGCCAGUGUCCCCCUGGGAUCACAGGCAUCUACUGUGAAGUCAACAUAGACGAGUGCACGUCCUCUCCCUGCCUGCACAAUGCCACUUGCGUUGACCUAGUUCAUGCCUACGGAUGUCUCUGUAUGUCUGGCUUUGCAGGUACAACAUGUGAACUCGACAUUGACGAGUGUGCUUCAUCUCCCUGCAAGAAUGGAGCCACUUGCAUUGACCAGCCUGGUAAUUACUUCUGCCAGUGUGUGGCUCCAUUUAAAGGUCAUAAUUGUGAGUUCUUACCCUGUGAGGCCAGUAAUCCCUGCGAGAAUGGAGCAGUAUGUGUGGAAGAGUUGGAUCAGGACCAUUUCCCUUUAGGUUUCCGCUGUCACUGUCGCCGUGGCUUCACUGGUCCCCGCUGUGAAAUCAAUGUGGAUGAGUGCAGCUCCAGCCCCUGUCUUCAUGGCUUCUGCUAUGAUGUUGUAGAUGGCUUUUACUGCCUUUGCAGUCCCGGUUAUGCUGGGCUCAGAUGUGAGAAAGACAUUGAUGACUGCGUGAACAGUUGGUGCAGCACCAACUCAGUAUGUAAGGACCUCCAUCUGAGUUAUGAGUGUGUGUGUCGUUCUGGCUGGGAGGGGGAGUACUGCCAACAAGAAAUUGAUGAAUGUUUAUCACAACCCUGCAAAAACAACGCCACCUGCACAGACCUUCUCAACAGCUACAAGUGUUUGUGCUCACGAGGCUGGACAGGUGUGGACUGUACAGAGGAUGUGAAUGAGUGCGAUUCUGGCCCUUGUCUAAAUGGAGCUCGGUGUCAGGAGUCAGACAUACCUGGGGAGUUCUCCUGCACCUGUCCCCCCUUCUUCAGUGGCCCCUUGUGCAAGCAGCCUUAUGACCCGUGUGACCCCCUCCACAAUCCCUGCCUACACAACUCCACCUGCCUGACACGCUCCAAUGGAACAGCUUCCUGCAGAUGCCCAGCUGGAUUUGAAGGAAGUUGGUGUGAAAUUGACACCAAUGAGUGCAGUUCAAACCCAUGCCAAAACCAGGGUGACUGUGUGGACCGGGUCAACAGUUACAGCUGUGUUUGUAAGGUGGGAUUUUCUGGCCUUCUCUGUGAGGAAGAUAUCAAUGAGUGUGCCUCUAGCCCUUGCAAGAAUGCUGGCACAUGUCAAGAUCUUGUGAACAAGUUCCACUGCAUCUGUCCCCCUGGUUAUUUUGGAACGCUGUGUGACCUGGAUGUGAAUGAGUGUGAAGUUUCACCUUGCCUACAUGAGGGCAUCUGUAUCAACACGCCCGGGGGUUUCAAGUGUGUCUGUCGCCCUGGAUACUCAGGGCCACGUUGUGAAGUUGACGUUGAUGAGUGUGUUUCAAACCCAUGCCAGAAUAGUGGAAAAUGUAUUGAUGCGCCUAAUCGAUACAACUGCUUGUGUGCGGGUGGCUUCACAGGGCUCCGCUGUGAGGCCAACAUUGAUGAAUGCAUGUCAACGCCUUGCCUUCAUGGAAGCUGUGACGAUGGAAUAUAUUCAUACACCUGUCUUUGUGAAUCUGGAUGGACCGGCAGCAGAUGUGAAACGAACGUCGAUGAAUGUGCCAGCAGUCCCUGUCUGAAUGGAGGCUCGUGCGUCGAUCUCAUCGAUAAAUAUGCGUGCUUCUGUCAGGUCGGCUACACGGGGAAAACCUGCGAGGAGGAUAUAGAUGUUUGCGAAGGCGCUACUUUUAAUGUCUCGUUGUGUUUUAACGGAGCCACCUGCAGUGAUGGUGAAGGAUCAAACUUUACAUGCAGCUGUCCACCAGGUUUCACGGGGGAUUUCUGUGAAGUGGAUGUUAACGAAUGUUGCUCAGCUCCCUGCCACAACGGAGCAGUUUGCCAAGAUCUUAUUAAUAGCUACAUCUGCCACUGCAGGCCAGGUUGGACAGGCCUUCACUGUGAGGAUGACAUUAAUGAGUGCCUUCCACAGCCCUGCAACCAGGGGAUAUGCAUUCAGAAUGAUCCAGGCUAUGGCUACACCUGUUUCUGUCGUCCUGGAUUUGUGGGGAGUAACUGUGAGCACAACUAUGAUGAUUGCCUGCUGAAUCCGUGUCCAGAAGCAUUUUCCUGUGUAGAUGGCAUCAACAAGGUCAGCUGCCUGCCUCCUGUUAUGGAUCCUGUUCCCUUGGCGACUGCAGUCGAGAACAUCACUCGCGGCUCCACACCCAGAGUGCCGAUGCCGACACUCUUCCCGGCACCAGCAGCUGAGGGGUCCACAGAUUCAAGCUACCUUCAUUAUUUUGGGAAUUCAUACCUGGAGUUUCCAGGUAUUGACCUCAGCACUCUCAACAACAUAACUGUGAGAUUUCAAACCACUGUGGCCCAAGGAACUAUACUAUAUGUGGACCAAGGACCUGUUAACGGUGAUUUCUUUUUCAUGAAACUCUUCAUCCUCGAUGGAAUCUUACAGUAUGCUUUUUGCUGUAAUGAAGAGGAAGAGGUUACAUGGAUUACUACAUUAAAUCAUGUUAAUGAUGGCACAGUUCACAUUGUAAAUAUCAGACAACGCCUGGCACCUUGUGAAGCAGAGCUCACUCUUUCUGGCCAUGAGAAAAUUAAAAGUACUGCAAGCAAUUACUGGUUGGGACACAUGAUCCAAAGAACGAACAAUGUCUUCACAGGGGGGUUGCCACAACAGUUUGUUCCCAGUCAGAAAGCAGAACCUUUCCACAACUACACUGGUUGUCUUGAAGUCAUUGAAAUUAAUAAACUGAGGAGCUUCUACACAUCGGAUGCGAUUGCUGGCAGCAACAUAGCUCGAUGCAGAUUCACUGUGCAUGCCAUACAAGCCUCCACAACAAGUUCCUCAAGUCUGGAAGCUCAAUCACCUACCUUUGACAUAGUGUUUGCAACAACGUUUGCAGUUCCCACACAAGCGCCAGAACAUCCAAUGAACGAACCUCAAGUUUGCCGCGACAGUCUUUGCCACAACGGAGGGACGUGCCUUCAGCUGCAGCCGCCUGGUGAAGCUCAGCUUUCUUGUCACUGUCCGCUUCAUUUCACUGGAACGUUUUGUGAAAAAGAUGCCACAGUAUAUAUCCCUUCAUUCAAUGGAACUUCCUACUUGGAGCUACGGCCGCUUGCGUUGCUUCUCCAGCCUUCUGGUGUCAGCAAUAAUCGACCCGCAGGAGUCAAGGACACCCCCGUUUUUCUCUGUUUGACAGUGAAAACCCGAUCCAGACAAGGAACGAUCCUCUACACUCAGGAGCAGAACUUUGGGGAUCAGUUCCUUCAUGUUUUCCUUCAAGAUGGAAGCCCUGUUGCUAAACUCGGUUGUGGUGGCAGUCAUAUUUUGCAUGCAGCUGUAAAUCAGAACAUCAAUAACAACAGAUGGACGUCAGUCACCAUCAGAUACAAUCUGCCUGUUGGCAAACAAGGAGGCCCGUGUAUGAUUGAAAUAGCUGCAGAUAAUGGCACGGCUCAGCAUCUCGAGGAGUACGUCUCGCACCCUGUGUCACAGGGGACCUUUGGACCCAUAUUUCUUGGGGAUGUUUCAUCUCAGUGGGACAUGCAUGACAAGAGUGAAAAAGCAGAGAAGAGAUUCAUUGGUUGUAUCAGAGAACUUCAGGUCAACUCAAAGGAGAUUUACCUGAUGGGUGAGGCAGUUAGAGGGAGAAAUAUCAAGAACUGUGACCCUCCUGUCUGCCAGCACUUUCCUUGUCGUAAUGGAGGAACUUGUAUCAGUGAUGCUGAGGACUGGUUCUGCGAGUGCCCCCCAUUAUACACCGGACGGCUGUGCCAGAUCACCUCCUGUGAGCGCAACCCCUGCAGUCACGGAGCCACAUGCAUCCCGAAGUCACCAUUAGAGGCCGUUUGUCUGUGUCCCUAUGGAAGACAGGGUCUGCUGUGUGACCAAACCGUCAAUAUCACUCGUCCCAGAUUCAGUGGAAGUGAUGAGUUUGGUUACACCUCCUUCGUGGCUUAUUCCUCCAUCCCGAGCCUCAGUAUCUUCUACGAAUUCAAGCUGAAGUUUACGCUUGCGGACGGUUCCUCUGCCGUCAAAGACAACCUUAUGCUGUUUGCUGGACGUAAAGGACAAGGCAAUGAUGGGGACGACUUCCUUGUUUUGGGAUUAAAAAGCGGAAGACUUGUACACAGAUUCAACCUCGGAUCGGGGAUAGCAACCAUCGUUAGUGAUCGACUGAACCAUCAGAUCAACAUCCACACCGUCACGUUUGGAAGGUCUAAGAAAACAGGAUGGCUGAAGGUUGACGGCCAACGUAACAGGACAGGAUUGUCUCCAGGACCUCUGGUGGGCCUCAAUGUUUUCAACCAGCUCUUUGUAGGUGGAUAUAAUGAGUACACCCCUGAACUACUGCCACUUGGCUCCAGGUUCCGUCAUGGCUUUCAGGGGUGCAUUUUUGAUGUGCACUUUCGCACAAGGAGAGACGGAAAGUUCCAAGCGCCGGGACAACCUGCGGGUCAUCCAGCCUUUGGGCGCAGCGUGGGUCAGUGUGGCGUCACCCCUUGCGUUCACGUUAAGUGCAGGAACGGCGGGACGUGCGUGGAUUCCGGCUCAUCUGUGUAUUGCCAGUGCCCAUUUGGAUGGAAGGGAGCGCUCUGUUCCGAGACCGUGUCAGUGUGUGAUGUCGAGCACAGCCCCCCUCCUUUGUGCGCCCACGGCUCCACCUGCAUCCCUCUGCCGAAUGGAUAUACCUGCCAGUGCCCCCUGGGAACAGCAGGAGUCUACUGUGAGAAAGCUGUGACCAUCAGUGAUCCAUUCUUCAGCGCUAACCUCUCCUCCUGGAUGUCAUUCCCACCUAUGAGUAUAAGACACAGGACUGAUUUGCAAGUGCAGUUCCAGCCGUUAUCACCUGAUGGCAUCCUCGUCUACAUUGCGCAACAUCUCAGUGCCAGAGCUGGAGACUUCUUCUGCCUCUCACUGGCAUCCGGGUUUGUCCAGCUGCGAUACAAUCUUGGGGACGGCACCCACAUCCUGCAGUCCUCUGAACAAGUGGACUUAAGCGGCAGGACCUGGCUCACGGUUAAGGCUGGCCGAACUGGUAACCGAGGCUUCCUCAGUCUGGAUAACAAGGAAGUUAGAGAAAAUGUGACUGAAGGCAUGGCCACACUCGAUGUUGCUACUGACGUCUUCGUCGGAGGCGUGUCGACUCUGAGCUUUGUCUCCACGGAUGCAACUGAAGGGGAUCCUGUGAGCUUCACUGGUGGCCUGCGAGAGUUAACACUCAAUGAUCGAGAGUUUGAGUUAACAGAGAGGGGAGCUUUAAGUGGGGCCAACAUAGGUGACUGGGAUGGGACAGCCUGCGGGUACAAGGUGUGCCAGAAUGGAGGUCACUGCAGGGCAACAAGUAGUGACUCUUUCACUUGUGUAUGUCCACCAUUAUGGACCGGUUCUGUGUGUAACCAGUCUGUGAGCUGUGUAAACAACGUCUGCAAACAUGGUUCCUUAUGCGUGGCAUCUAGUGUCACCUCGUAUCACUGCAUUUGCCCCUUAGGGUGGACCGGGAGGUACUGUGACAAGGAAAUGUCCACAGGCACUCUGAAGUUUGUUGGAAACUCUUUUGUUAAAUACUGGGACUCUAAAUACAACACAAGAAACUUAAAAUACACACAGGUUUCUUUCAGCUUUCUCACAGUCUCCAAUGACAGUCUGAUCAUGUGGAUGGGAAAGGCUGAACACGAAGAUGAUGACCACCUUGCAGUUGGACUUGAAGGGGGCUAUCUUAAAAUAACAGUCAAUCUUGGAGAAAGACUUUCCUUCCCAUUGGUUUUCAGAAAUCUCACUCUCUGCUGUAACAAAUGGCACAAUGUCUCUAUAUCUCUAAAUAGCACUGUUAUUCAAGUGUUACUGAACAGCCAGGAGAUCCUCUCUGAAAAUGUAGAUCCAUUUGAGCGAUAUGUAGCCUUAAACUACGGGGGGCAGUUUUACUUUGGAGGGUUUGAACUGUACAGAAACAUAUCAGUUGUAACCUUGGAAAUGUUUUCAAAUGGCUUUGCGGGGAAUCUUAGAAAUGUCUGUUUGUUUGGAGAUACCAAGCAAGGGCUGUUUCUUAAAAAAAGUGAAGGUUUUAAUAUCUUUGAUGGAAACGAGUAAGUGAAACUGCAAGUUCUGGUCUUUACAACAGUAGGAAAUUUACCUUUUAAGGUAGUUGAUAUUGUGUUUUCUAGUAUUUAGUCAUGUGAAAAUCCAAGUGCACUUUUACCGUCUUCAUGUUCUUCAUACAGACCAAGGUGGAGAUUUUUGGCUGUAAUGCACAGUAGCACAUUUGCUAAAAACCAAACAGCAUAUCAACACAGAUGAUUCCAACCAAGUGUCAAGCACAGUGGCGGAGGGGUGACGACUGGGACUUGGACAUCUAAUCAGAGUCGUUCAUGAACUCCUCUGUACAUUUAACUAAAGAUUGUCCAAAAUUGUGUCAUGCAACAGGACAAUGAUCCCAAGUGCAGCAGCAAAUCUACAACAGAAUCAAUCACCUCAACCUGACUGAAAUGUUGUGGUGGAAACUUAAGAGCUGUGCAAAAACAAAUACCCUCAAAACUCAAAGAGAUGAAGGAAUGCUGUAAAGGAUGGGCCAUAAUUCUUUCAUACUGAUGUGAGAUACUGAUAGUCAUACAGAGUAGUUAUUUAAAGUUACUUAAAGACUGCCACUAACGGUAGUCCUCCAAGUACUGAAUCGUGGAGUGCACUUAGUUUUUCACAGGACUGCAUAUAGUCCUGUUUUUUAAAUUGAAAAUUGAAUUGUACUACUUGUUUCUUCAACACUUUACAUACCAGUUCUGAGUUGCACUUAAAAUUCAGUUUGAUGAAACAUAUACAUUUAAAGUGUUAAAGGACAAAUUAAACUCUCUGAUUCCUUG